AUGGUUUCAUCAAUUGAAAAUACUACUGAAUCUGUCGUAUCACUUCCAGACAAUGCUGCAGUUGAAAACCUAUCCAACUCAACUCCAGUGAAUGCUGCUUCGUCGUCGUCGUCGUCGUCAUCGUCGCCCACCACCACCUCCUCCUCUGCCUCGUCUACGAACCAUGGUGGUCAUCAUCACCACCAUCACAACAACUCGAAUGGCACUGCUACCAACACCAACACCAACGGUCACAACCACAACAACCAUCAUCACAACAAUGGACAUUACGCCCCACACCCACACAUGAUCAUGCAUCAUCCAAUGAUGAUGCAACCAUACCACGGUCCAAUGCAUCCAGCAGUUGGUCACUACCAAUCGCCACCACCUCCACCCCCACUCCAAUUCACUUCACUCUACGUUGGUGAUCUAUCACAAGAGGUCAAUGAACUCAUUUUGGCCGAACUCUUUUCAAAGGUUGGACGCACAGCCGUUGCCUCUAUUCAUGUCUGUCGUGAUUCUGCAACCCUCCGUUCACUUGGAUACGCCUAUGUCAAUUUCUACAACUCUGUGGAUGCCGAGCGUGCACUCGACACCCUCAACUACUCUCUUAUUCUCGGUCGUCCAUGCCGUAUCAUGUGGUCACACCGUGACCCAACCAAGCGUAAAUCCAAUGUUGGAAACAUCUUUGUCAAGAAUCUCGAAAAGAACGUUGACAAUGCUCUCCUCUUUGACACUUUUAGCACCUAUGGCAACAUCCUUUCAUGCAAAAUCGAAUAUGAAAAGGGUAUCUCAAAGGGCUAUGGUUAUGUUCAUUUUGAAAAUCAAGAAUCUUCUGAACAAGCUAUCCUUAAAGUUAAUGGUACCAUUCUUUUAGGUAAACCAAUUAUUGUUGAACCAUUUGUAUCAAAGGUUGAAAGAUUCAAGGAAAAAAAGAAUGAAAACAAAUUAUUCAUUAAAAAUAUUGAUGAAAAUGUAACCUCUGAAAUGUUGCAACAGGAAUUGUCUAGAUUUGGUGAGAUAGAGUCAUGUAAUAUUAGAACCGAUCCAACCGGAAAGCCAAAGGGAUUGGCAUUUGUCGAAUUCAAAACAUCAGAAGAUGCCCAAGCACUUUUAGAAAGUACCGAGGCCAUCACCAUCCUUUCAAAGCAAAUCACCUUUGAUCGUAUCAAAAACAAGGUCGAAAGAUCAAUCGAAAAGAAUCAAAAAUUAAUUAACGAAUUAAAUAACAAUAAUAACAAUCAUAACAAUAAUAACAUCAAUCAUCAUAUCAACUCUUCUUCUUUACAACAAAACGGAUCAACUUCACAACAACAACAACAAAACCUAACCUUGUUUAUUAAUAAUAUUGACAUGGAAGUUGAUAAAGAGAUUAUUCGUGAAGAAUUUGCCAAACACGGAAACAUUUUGGGCAUCAAGAUCAAGUCUCGUGGCUUUGCCUUCCUCACCUACUCGACUCAAGAGGAAGCUGCUGUUGCCAUUGAAAAGAUGAAUGGUUAUGUCUUUGGCACAAAGGCAUUGGUUGUAUCCUUGUCCAACAGUCGUAAAGAGAAACGUAUUCCAUCUGACUCCCUUCAAGGACCAAAUCCCUACAUGUAUAUGCCAUAUGUUCGUGGUCCAUAUCAAUACCAACAAGCUCACUAUUAUCCAGCUGCUGCUGCCCAACAACAACAACAACAACAACAACAAUUAUCACCAUCUCAACAACAACAAAACUCACAACAACCACGUGGAAAAGUUCCAUUCAAAUCAAAUCGUCCAAUUAGUUUAAAUCCAAACAACCAACAACAACCAAAUAGCAAUAUGAUCAAACCAUCAACCAAUGGAUAUAGUCAUCACCAACAACAACCAAGAAAACCACGUAGCCCAACCAAUACCCCAUACAACAACACCACCACCGCCUCCUCACCAGCCACCAAGAGAGAUGAACAACCAUCCCGUUCCCCAUCACAAGAAGAAUCUUCACCAUCACUCAAUGUUGAAGAAUUAAAGAAAAUGACACUCGAAGAUGUUAGAGAUGCCGUUGGAUCAUUUAUUUACAAUAUCGUUUCGGAAAAGGAGUCUGACAAGGCACCCAAAAUCACCGGAAUGAUCUUGUCCCAAGCCAUCCAACAAGGUUUUGAUUCUUUGAUAGACCUUUUGGAUCAAACCAAGCUUUCUGAAAAGAUACAGGAAGCUAUUGUCGUCUUGAACUCACAAGACAUCCCAUCCAGCAACAACGACCAAACAACCACUGCUGCCGCUGCUGUCGAAGUUGCUGCCAAUUAA